UCUAUAACCCAUAAGAAGAUGAGUGGGAAAAGGUCUGCGGAUCCUGGCCCGAGUCGGGUAGGGAAAAAGGGAAAGAAGGAAGUGAUGGCGGAAUUUUCGGACUGUCUCAUGGAGGAAGCGUUGAAAAAACAAGUGGCUGAGACCUGGAGCCGUCAGAUGCCGUUUAGUCACGAAACCAUUGUCAUAGAUGUGGACCCCUUUCUUCACUGUGUGAUCCCAAACUUCAUCCAAAGCCAAGACUUCUUAGAAGGACUUCAGAGGGAACUUUUGAACUUGGACUUCCAUGAAAAAUAUAAUGACUUAUAUAAAUUCCAGCAGUCUGAUGAUUUAAAGAAGAGAAGAGAGCCUCACAUCACAGCUUUAAGGAAAAUUCUGUUUGAAGAUUUCCGGGCCUGGCUUUCCGACAUUUCUAAUGUCGACCUGGAAUCAACCAUUGACCUGUCCUGUGCUAAGUAUGGAUUCACAGAUGCCCUGCUCUGCCAUGAUGAUGAGCUGGAAGGCCGCCGGAUCGCCUUCAUUCUUUACCUGGUUCCUGCCUGGGACAGGAGCUUGGGGGGCACCCUGGACCUAUACAGUGUUGAUGAACACUUUCAGCCGAAGCAGAUUGUCAAGUCUCUCAUUCCUUCAUGGAACACACUGGUUUUCUUUGAAGUGUCUCCAGUAUCCUUUCAUCAGGUGUCUGAAGUCCUGUCUGAAGAAAAGUUACGUUUGUCUGUAAGUGGCUGGUUUCAUGGCCCUCCAUUGAGCAGGCCUCCCAGCUACUUUGAACCCCUUAUGCCCCGGAGCCCUCACAUUCCUCGAGAUCAUGAAAUUUUGUAUGAGUGGAUCAACCCUACUUACAUGGACAUGGAAUACCAAGUUCAAAUUCAAGAAGAGUUUGAAGAAAGAUCUGAAAUUCUCCUAAAGGAGUUUCUCAAGCCUGAGAAAUUUGCAAAGGUCUGUGAGGCUUUGGAGAAAGGAGACGUGGAAUGGAGCAGCCAGGGUCCUCCUAACAAAAGGUUUUAUGAGAAAGCUGAGGAGAAUAAGCUUCCCGAGGUGCUGAAAGACUGCAUGGAGUUAUUUCGCUCCGAAGCGCUAUUCUUGCUACUCUCCAACUUCACAGGCCUGAAGCUUCACUUCUUGGCCCCUUCAGAAGAAGAUGAGAUUGAGGACGGAAAAGAGGGAGAAGCAGCAUCUGCUACUGAUUGCUCUGAGGAAGGAACGAGCCAUAGCUCCUCAGAGCAAGAGAAUAAUCCAGCCCUCAGCAACACCAGCCAACAAAGCGAUGGCCAGACAGGCUCAGAGCCAGAGGGAAUUGAAGCAAACAAAGAAUCAAGCAUUCCCACGUGCCAUGGGGAACUGAGGCAUUGGAAGAAGGGACACUACACACUAAUCCAUGACAACAGCAAGAUGGAAUUUGCCCUGGACUUGCUUCUCUACUGUGGCUGUGAAGGCUGGGAGCCAGAAUAUGGCGGCUUUACUUCCUAUAUUGCCAAAGGUGAAGAUGAAGAGCUGCUGACCGUGAAUCCGGAAAACAAUUCUUUGGCCUUGGUCUACAGAGAUAGAGAGACUCUGAAAUUUGUCAAGCAUAUUAACCAUCGAAGCUUAGAACAAAAGAAAACCUUCCCACACAGAACAGGUUUCUGGGACUUUUCAUUUGUGUAUUAUGAAUGA